AGGUUUAAAAGAAAAGUACUCAUAAUAUUAAUAGUCUUUUUUAUUUCUUCUAGUAGUUAAAUAAGGAAUCAAGCACAAACUGACGAGACAGUCUUGGACGAAGCAGCCAUGUUCUAUUCUCAUGACAUUCUGCAGAAGAGAGGGGGCAAGUUUGGCAUCAUUUGGAUUGCAGCUACAAAGGGGGUGGCUUUGAGCAAGAGAGAUUAUUGCAGCGUAUGUGUUCCAAAAUCAUGCGAUGACAUCGUCAAGUACAUCACCUUAGAAGCUAUGCCCGUCAGUCGGAAAGGUUCUCGUCCUCGCUUCUCUCUCUACCUGUCGUCUCAACUGAUGGUUGGUGUAGCGAGGGUCUUUGAGAAGCAAGUCAACUAUUUCAUUGUUGAUGUCAAUGAGCUCCAUAAGCGAACCACAGGAUUCAGGGCUUCAAGUUUUGAUGAUGUCUACACCAGCCACAUUCAACUCAAGAAAUCUACAAAGUCAGGAGAUUUCUGUACCAUGCCAGAGUCCAACAUGUUCAACGAUGAGGAGUUUGGUUUGAUGAGAGGUAGUUGGGACCUCACCCCAGACCCUCUUCUACUUCCUCAAAUUGAGAUGUUCUCUGUGAGUCCAUACAGAACAGCCAAGCUAUCUACGUCAUUGCUAGAGCUUAGUCCAACUCAGAUGGACAAAUUAGUACUUGAGAGUCCACCACAUCUAGUAUCCAGUGCAUCAGAGAUCAGUCUCAGAGAUGAAGUGUCGCAUAAUGAAGAAAUGCAGAUCCCUGAGGUGGAGUUGCCCCCUUUGGAAGGCAUCGAUGAUGACCUCAUGACGACCAUCUAUGAAGAGAUGGCCAUUGCUGAAGAGAUGAAGGAGAAUGAAGAGAAAGACAACCUCUCUCAGAUCAGCAGUUUCUGCCUUGACCAGCUAUGGGAAGUGGACCAGCGUACGGGUCAGCUCAUCCUCUCUCCAUCCCCCAAGGGGACCGUGUUCCAGCCCCGUCACUCGUCCUCCCCCCAUCGAUCCCUCCUCCUAGACCAGCUCUCCCCCAUACCUUCCCAGGAGGAACUCCUCCCCUCACCCACCGGGCCAGGGGUGCAGGAUGGGGUGCCGAUGGUGGAAGACAUCGAUCUUGAGUUUGAAGGGGCAGAGCUUGCAGAGGUGGCUCCUCCUUCCAAGAAGCCAAGCUCCAAUGGGAUGGAGACACCAGGAACUGGUCCAGUGAUGCUGAACAUCUUGAGACUGUCUCCCAUCGAUUCCGCUUCCCCAACCCCUGUCCCUCGAAGAGGUCGUAAGAGACGUCUUGUGUUUGCUGAUGACUCCACCCAGCUGAGUAAGAAGGACAUACGUCACAACAUGGAAACUGUGGGGGAACUUGCCCGCAAGGAGACUUUCAUAUCACCCAGUCACCCAUCUGCCAAGGAACUGUUUGAAGAACCAGCAAGAAAAGCUUUGAAGAAGACCAACGUCCUAUACAAGCUAUGGAAGAAUCACUCUGCGCUUAGGACAGUCACUACAGACCCUGAGGCAGAUGAUAUAGACGCACCUGCUUGGAGCACCGCGUACAUGAGACCAAGACCGCCCAUGCCAGGAUCAUCCUCGGAUACCACCAGCAAAGAAGGACAGGAGGAGGAGGAGGAAGAUGAGAGGGCUUUACUGCUCAAGGAAAUACCAGAGGUCCUGCGCCAUGAAAUCUCAGUGAGCCCGGAGCGCCUGAGAGACAUCUCCCUGGAAACGAGCCAGCCCAGGACCAAGUUUGAAGACACUCCCCAUUCCCUCAUUGUCUCGGAUGCGAGUCAUCUAUCUGAAUCCAAGGACAGUUCUCGCGUGAAGAGUUUCCACUCUGAUCCCCCAACAGCACAUAGGAGCUUGCACCGCCCCACUGGAGACAGCUUCAAGGAGAUGGAAGAGGCCAUCCAAGAGGAACUAAUGGACAUCAGGGAGCUCCCAUUGUUACCAGAGGAGGAUAUCAUGAUGGAUCAGCUUGAGGAGCAGCUGGAGGAGCCUGCUGUACCGUCCGCACCCGAGAUGAUAAGCACCUCGGAAGAUGAGGAGAUGAGAAAGGCAAAAAAGAAGACGAAGACGCAAACAGAGACGACUGUUCCUCAAGACAAUAUCCUUAAGGGCAUUGGUGUGCUUACAGAAGAAGUAGACUCGAUCAGCUUCAAAGAUCUGGUCCCACCGAGGACGUACAGAUCAGUCGCAGUCAAGAUCUUUUCCGUCUGUUUGGAAUAUGCUGCCAUGCGACUGAUCACAUUAACUCAGGACAGACCUUUUGGAGACAUCUAUAUCCAGAGAGGACCAAACUUUGAUUAAGUGGACCAAUAAAAACUAGGUACUUGGCGGACUCGACUCAACUGCUAUAAAUCAAAAGUGCCUAUUUACCUUGCAAGAAAGUUUGUGUGUGAUGAAGAUAGGAACAUUGCUGAUACAAGAGCAAAAUUCAGUAUCAUUCUGUAAACUAGAUAUAUUGUAUGAUGACAAAAGAGUAUUUCUUUUGGUGUCGGCUUCAGAUAAAUCAUUGUAUUGAUGCCGAAUUAGAGACUGGUUUACUUCUGUAUCAAAGUUACUUUUUCAUGUCUUUACAUGGUCAUGAAAGUGAUUGUAUUACAGGUAUUUAUUUGUCAAUGAUUAUAGGGAAAAGACAACAGUUAUGUUUUCAAAGGUUCCUUCUGUAAAGAAAAACAGAAGAUUUUAUAUAACUCUUAAGUCAUAGAUAAUUACAAUCCUGUGCCAUUAUUGCCUCCCUUGUUAUCUUGCUAUUCAUAAAUUUGUGUGCUGAUGUGAUGCGACAACUUUUCUCUUCUCAUAAAACCAGGUAUUCCAUCAUUUUGAAUGUUUGCUCAUAAUAUUUCGGCUUUUCAGGAUUAUACAGACUAUAGCUAUGUCUAUGACUCAUCAAAAGAAUAAAUUGAAGUCCCUAUUAUGGAUUUGCAAGCCCUCUAAAACUUUUCUGUGGCAGCAAGAUAAGUUUAUAAAAGAAUGUGCACAAUUUCAGAUCUCCGGAGAGAAAAUUAAAGCCCUUUUUUUGUACACAACAAAUAGGGCGAAUAAAUCACAGCCAUUUGCAAGAUUCAAAGUUAAAAGAAAAAUGAUUGGAAUUUUGCCAUCAUACUUUCAAGACAGUUUUUCAAUUGUGAUAUUUUUUUCAACAUUUUGACCCUCUUACAUGUUAUGUGAUUUUCACUAUAAUGCAAAUCCUAGUUUAAGAAAACUCUGUAGAAAAGGAGAAUAAUUUCUUGUUAGCUAGACUUUGGAUAUACUCUCAAGCCGAUAAUAUUAUUGUCUCUUUAUUGUUCUUUAAUGGGGGUGGGGUGCAGUUGUCACCAGUCCCAGACAAUUGUGUCAGAAAAUUGUUUAUUUUCAUAUUCUACCUUGAAACUCUGAAUUUCUCUUUUCACAGUGCGUUUAGAAGUUAUGAA